UGUGGGUGUCUGACAGCUCCGCGAGUCUCAAACCGGAGCGCUUCAACACUCACCACUCUUCGCUCAAAUGUGCUUUUAUUCCUGCGUACCUACGUUCCGCGCUCCUCAUGUCCUCCGUAACUCUCUCAGGAUCGUUUCGGUGCUGAUGUGAGUCCAGUACUUUCAUUCAUUUGGCACGUUUCUUCAGUCGAUGAGUAUGCGUUCACGGUGGAGUUACAUCGCCUGGAUUUGCGUCUUCAGUCUCGGCGCGUUCAGGACUUUCUGCGUUCCCGGUAAUGAAGUGAACUUGCUGGACUCUCGCUCUGUAAUUGGUGACCUGGGGUGGGUCGCAUACCCGAAGAAUGGGUGGGAAGAAAUCGGAGAGGUGGACGAGAACUACGCGCCCAUCCACACGUACCAGGUGUGUAAGGUGAUGGAGCACAACCAGAACAACUGGUUGCAGACGAAUCUCAUAUUAAACCAAGGUGCCCAGAGAGUGUUCGUGGAGUUCAAGUUCACUCUACGGGACUGCAACAGUCUCCCCGGAGGUCUGGGCACGUGCAAAGAGACUUUCAACGUCUACUAUUACGAAACCAAUGACGAGGAGAGGAGAAAUAUUCGGGAAAGCCAAUACACGAAGAUCGACACCAUCGCGGCCGACGAGAGCUUCACAGAGCUUGAUCUUGGAGACAGAGUCUUGAAGCUGAACACGGAAGUUCGGGAUCUGGGUCCAUUGACCAAGAAAGGCUUCUACUUGGCUUUUCAAGACCUGGGCGCGUGCAUCGCGCUCGUGUCUGUCCGUGUCUUCUACAAAAAGUGUCCUUUUGUGGUCAGGAAUUUGGCCCUCUUCCCGGAUACUAUAACUGGGGCAGAUUCCUCCCAGCUUCUGGAGGUGUCAGGGACCUGCGUCAACAACUCGGUAGCUGAUGAACUUCCCAGAAUGCAUUGCAGCGCGGAGGGGGAGUGGCUGGUGCCCAUUGGGAGGUGCAUGUGCCAGGCGGGCCAUGAGGAAGUUAAUGGCUCCUGUCAAGUGUGCAAGCCGGGCUUUUACCGAUCAGCUCUUCAGACCAAAAGCUGCAGUAAAUGUCCUCCCAGAAGUUUCAGCAAAGUGGAGGCCUCCACCUCCUGUCAGUGUGAGCAGGGAUACUACCGGACCGAAUCGGACCCCACCAACAUGGCCUGCACAAAGCCACCUUCGGCCCCACGUAACGCUAUUUCCAACGUCAACGAGACCAGUGUCUUCUUGGAGUGGAGCGCUCCGGAGGAAACAGGCGGUCGGAAGGAUGUUCGAUACAACAUCGUGUGCAGUAAGAUCAGCACAGAUUCAGGCCAGUACGAGCCAUGUGGAAGUCAUGUGCGAUAUCUGCCUCAGCGGACAGGUCUGAAGAACACCUCCGUCAUGGUCAUGGAUCUCCUGGCUCACACCAACUACACCUUUGAGGUGGAGGCUGUGAACGGGGUGUCGGAACGAACCGCCCCUUUGAGGCAGUACGUCUCACUCAAUGUCACCACCAACCAGGCCGCUCCAUCUCCUAUAACCGUGGUGAAGAAAGGCAAGACAGCGAAGAAUAGCAUCGCAGUGUCCUGGCAAGAACCCGACCGACCCAACGGCAUCAUCCUGGAGUAUGAGAUCAAGUAUUUUGAGAAGGAUCAGGAAACAAGCUACACCAUCAUCAAGUCAAAGGAGACGGAUGUUUUGGUGUAUGGCCUUAAACCUUCCUCAGCGUACAUCUUUCAAAUCAGAGCACGCACCUCCGCGGGCUACGGAGGCUUCAGCCGCCGCUUUGAGUUUGAAACAAGCCCUUACUCAGUAGCGGCCUCCAGUGAUCAGGGUCAGGUGCCCAUCAUCGCUGUCGCUGUUACUGUGGCCAUCAUCCUCAUCGCAUUGGUCACAGGUUUCCUGAUGAGUGGCAGACGUUGUGGCUACAGUAAAGCCAUGCAAGAUCCGGACGAGGAGAAGAUGCACUUCCACAAUGGACACAUCAAAUUCCCAGCGGUCCGCACGUAUAUCGAUCCUCACACCUACGAAGAUCCCAACCAGGCCAUCCACGAGUUUGCCAAGGAGAUUGAUGUGUCCUGUAUCACCAUCGAGCGGGUUAUUGGAGCUGGUGAGUUCGGUGAGGUGUGCAGCGGUUUGCUGCGGCUGCCAGGGAAGAGAGAGAUCCCAGUGGCCAUUAAAACUCUGAAAGCCGGUUACACCGAGAAGCAGAGGAGGGACUUCCUGGGCGAGGCCAGCAUCAUGGGCCAGUUCGAGCAUCCCAACAUCAUCCACCUCAAGGGGGUCAUCACCAAGAGUAAACCAGUGAUGAUAAUAACAGAAUAUAUGGAGAAUGGAUCCCUGGACAGCUUUUUGAAGAAGAACGACGGUCAGUUCACUGUCAUCCAGUUGGUCGGCAUGCUGCGUGGCAUUGCUUCUGGCAUGCGCUACCUCUCUGAGAUGGGCUAUGUGCACCGUGACCUGGCUGCCCGCAACAUCCUGGUCAACAGCAACCUGGUGUGUAAGGUGUCCGACUUCGGCUUGUCGAGAGUGCUGGAGGACGACCCAGAGGCGGCCUACACAACCCGCGGAGGAAAAAUUCCCAUCAGGUGGACGGCUCCAGAGGCCAUUGCCUACAGGAAGUUCACCUCAGCCAGUGACGUGUGGAGCUACGGCAUUGUUAUGUGGGAAGUGAUGUCAUACGGCGAGAGACCAUACUGGGAGAUGAGCAAUCAAGACGUGAUAAAGGCAGUGGAGGAGAACUACAGGCUGCCGGGCCCCAUGGACUGUCCGACCGCCCUCUAUCAUCUCAUGAUGGACUGCUGGCAGAAAGACAGGAACAGCCGGCCCAAAUUUGAGGAGAUUGUCAGCUUACUGGACAAACUCAUCCGCAAUCCCAGCAGCCUGAAGGGUCUAGUUAACCCAUCGAACAGAGUGUCCAAUUUAUUAGUGGAGCAUGGGAGCCCUGAGGGCUGUGUAUUCAGAUCGGUGGAGGAAUGGUUAGAGGCCAUAAAAAUGGGUCGAUACACUGAGCUUUUCAUGGAAAGUGGAUACACUUCUCUGGAAGUCGUCACUCAAAUGACCUUGGAAGAUCUUAGGAGGGUUGGAGUCACUUUGGCCGGCCAUCAGAAAAAGAUCCUCAACAGCAUUCAGGAGAUGCGAGUCCAAAUGAUGAACGCCACUAUGCCCAUCUGAGAGCGGCCUCAGAGGAACCUCCAGCAGCAGUCUAGCACUUUCUACGGACACUUAUUUAUUGAACGGAACUAUUUAAUGAAAAAUUUGACAUUGAUGAAAAAAAAAAAAAAUGGCUGGAUAGAUGGACAAACGGUUACUGUUUCGUUUCUGCAAAGCCUCCAAACUAAAGUGACAGGAGGAACGUGACUGAAAUGUUGAGUGGUUGUUUGGAAAAGUGUGGCACAUCUCCAGGUAGGACUACUGACUUGGGAUCAAGUGUCUCUGGGCUGAAUGUAUACCAUUUGUCCAUGACCUCAUUCAACAAUAUUAUUACCUCCGGAAGAGACUGCAGUCGGUUUCAGCUUGGAAGUUUUUUCCCCCCCCCCCCACAAAAAGUUCACCUGAGGCGAAUUCAGACAGUAAGACUGAAGUCAUAUCACGGGCUGAGGAAACGUAUGGCAGUGUUAAACAAAGCAAUAGUAGAUUUCAAGCUUGAUGUUGAUUUUACUUCUUUCGAAAUUGUUGCUUCCUUGUUUCAAUAAGAGGACAAAGCAAUGGACAGGAUCGUUUUCCUUUUGCACAAUAUCUGUGUCGUGAAGGGCGGAGGAAAUGUAUUUGUUUUUAAAAAUGUGACACGUUUCAAAACCACACAUUUAUUUUAGUUCCACUGAUGUUUUGGUGUUUUAUGUGUAAAUAGUGUACAAUUGCGUAGUUGAAGUGGAGCUCAAAUGCAUCCAUCCAUGUUCCUGUGAUGUUGAUAUACUUUAGUGCACAGGUGGGCUAACAUACUAUGUAUAUUCAGUCCGGUCAAUAAAUGUUUAUAUUGCCUCUCAGUGAUUCUUUAGAUAGAAAAUUAACAAUUGUUUUACCGUUGAUGGAGUGAUCUCUACUGUAUUUUGCUACCCAUAUUAUUGCCUUGCUCAGUUUUCACAGCUAUAGGUGGAUAUUAAAGUCAACAUGAAAUCACAAUGGACCCUAUUUUUCUUUCCUAAUUCAGAUUUGGGGUUUUAUUGUGCGCAAAUUAUAAUUGUUUUCUGUAAAAUCUUCAACUUGCUCCAUAUGAAACGACUUUCUUUUUCUAGGCUGCAAACAUAUCUAUUUAGGCAACAAGAGCAGAUAACAAUACAUUUGGAUACAGUGAAAUAUGUCGCAUUAUGGAAGUAAAAUGGGUUGUGAAUAUCAUUUCAUGUUGGCUUUAAGUUGGUUCAGUAUGUCAGACAUUAGCAAAAUCACUGAAAAUAAGUUAAAAUUCUACGUGCCACAUCUGUCGAUUACUGUGGACAAUAAUUUGGACUCGUCCCUCAGUGUACAGACAAGCAUUGAAUUGUGUACAUUUACAGUAAAUAGACAGAUAGGCCAGGAAGAUAACAGGAGUAUUUCACGCAAAAAUGAAAAUUUUUAGAAUAUUUACUCCCCUUCAGGCCAUUAAAUUUGCAAAUGAGUUUGUUUCUUCAUCAGAUUUGUAGAAAUGUAGCAU